UCCCCCCCCUCCUCUCUGGUCGCUCUUCCUGCCGCUGCUGCUGCUUUGCGCGCUGCGGGGCCACUGCGACCGCACCGAGGAGGAAGCCGCGGACAGAAAGGGGGCGCAGUCUGAGGCAGAGCGGCGGAGAGGCGCAAUUUCAAAGAGAAGACAUCAGCAUCCGUCCAAGAGGAGGACAGCAAGAAAAGAAGGGGGAGAAGAAGAAGAAGAAGAAGAAGGAGGAGGAGGAGAGGAAGAAAAGAAGAAGAAGAGAGGGUCGGACGCGGAUUUAAAAACACCUGAGCAGCAGCAGAAGGCGGAGACGCGUCACACCGCGCCGCGUUCUUCCUCCCUCAUCAUCACUCAGUGGAAGUGAACAAGUGAAUAAGAAGGAGAAGAAGAAGAGGAAGAGAAGCAGCGGCAGAAAUCUGACGAAGCUCGGAUUCAGAACGACGAACGACGCGGUGUCGGAAACCUCCCCCCCUCCCCCCGCACCAGGGCCGAUUCUCUGCUGUAGCACCCAGCGCAGCGCGGCGACACCAUGAAGGACCGCACAGCGGAACUGCGAAGCGCUAAGGACAGUGAUGAUGAUGAAGAGGUGGUUCAGGUCGACAGGGACCACUUCAUGGAUGAGUUCUUUGAACAGGUGGAGGAGAUCAGAGGCUGCAUAGAGAAGCUGUCGGAGGAUGUGGAGCAGGUGAAGAAGCAGCACAGCGCCAUCCUGGCUGCACCCAACCCUGACGAGAAGACCAAACAGGAGCUGGAGGACCUCACAGCUGACAUCAAGAAAACAGCCAAUAAAGUCCGUUCAAAAUUAAAAGCAAUCGAGCAGAGCAUCGAGCAGGAGGAGGGGCUUAACAGAUCAUCAGCAGACCUGAGGAUCCGUAAGACACAGCACUCAACGCUGUCACGUAAAUUUGUGGAGGUGAUGACUGAGUACAACACCACGCAGUCCAAGUACCGCGACCGCUGCAAAGACCGCAUCCAGAGACAGCUGGAGAUCACUGGAAGAACCACCACCAACGAGGAGCUGGAGGACAUGUUGGAGAGCGGCAAGCUGGCCAUCUUCACUGAUGAUAUUAAAAUGGACUCUCAGAUGACAAAGCAGGCGCUGAACGAGAUCGAGACCCGACACACCGAGAUCAUCAAACUGGAAAACAGCAUCCGUGAACUGCACGACAUGUUUGUGGACAUGGCCAUGCUGGUGGAGAGCCAGGGAGAGAUGAUUGACAGAAUCGAGUAUAACGUUGAACACUCCGUGGACUACGUGGAGCGCGCUGUGUCUGACACUAAGAAGGCGGUUAAAUAUCAGAGCCAGGCUCGUAAGAAGAAGAUCAUGAUCAUCAUCUGUUGCGUCAUCCUGGGCGUGGUCCUAGCAUCAACCAUCGGUGGCACGCUGGGCUUCUAAGACGCUGCGCCCCCUGCUGCUGAUGACAGACACCUGACUGACCAAUCGCCAGCGGAGAAAACAAAACACCGACGACAACGACAACAACAACUACACAAAAACUUGAAACACAAAUGCAAGACCGAUAAUUAAUUAGUUAGAAGUCACAGACACGAGGAAACACGGCGAGGUCGGCUGGGGUUAAAAACACAACAACAUCAUAGACGACGUAAAUACAUCGCAUAUUUAUCUCCGAUUUAACGUGGGUUCACUUCCUGUUCACCACAACAUCUCCAAACGGCUUUUACUUGUUUGUUUAGCUUUCAUUUCUUUUUUUGUUUUUUUUCUGGAGUCUCUGAGGACAGUGACGCUGACUGCGGGUGGGUGGGACUUCUGCGGGCGGGGCCAACGUCCCAGAACCGGCCUUCCUUCACGUUGACGUGAUUGGAUCAAACGCCUCCGUGUUGUUAGCUCUGAGGUUCUGGAGCGCUGGACUGUGUUAAAGCAGGUGGCAGGUUUCCAUGACAACCUCCUCCCCAUCGAGUCACACCCAUCCAACCAAAGAGCAAAGGGGGUCUCUGGUUUGAUUGACAGGUGAAUGGAGGGAAAGAACAGGGACAGGAGGAGGGUUUAAAGGAUGGUGGGCGGAGUCAGACAGUCAAUCUAUGCAGUUUAGCUCAGAGGAAGACGACCUGUCCCGCCUCCUCCCACCUGACCUGACACAACCAGCCAAUGAGGAGCACAGAUCGGUGUUUCGUCACGUAGAUCGCCAUGGCAACGCUGACGCGCAGACCGGUGUCGUCAUCAAAUGUUCUUCCGGAAGAUUCUAAAAAAAAAAAGGGGAAAAAGUGUAGAAUAGGAGGAGCUCUGGUCACAUGACUAAUGAACGCGUGUUUGUCACUUGGUUGUUUCUCUGCUGUUUUAGUGCAUGUGUUUCAUUUUUCAGCCGUGUGUGUGAGAGAGUGUGAGAGACACACACACGACCUGAUGUUAGCUAGUAUUAGCUGGUGUUAGCCAAUAUUAGCUGAUGUUAGCUAGUAUUAGCUGGUUUUGGUGAUGUUAGCCGGUGAUAGCUGGUAUUAGCUGGUUUUGGUGAGGUUAGCCAGUGUUGGCUGGUGUUAGCUGGUUUUAGUGAUGUUAGCCAGUGUUAGCUGGUGUUAGCUGGUGUUGUGUGUAGAUUGUGUAGAAGCUGCUUCUUGUUGGAGACAUUUUUGAUGUUCGAUGUUGUCUCAGAGUGUCUGUUCAUUAUCAUUCUUGACCCAUGACCCUUCGACAAAACAUAAAUCUGUACAUCAAGCUAACUUUAGCCUACUAGGUCCUGACUUUAUUUGUAUUAUUUUACAGGCUAAUAUGGAGCUUGUGAGAUUAUAUUUGUCAAACUAUUUAAAGUAACAGCCAUGAAACGUAGCAAUAUACACAAAGCAAAUAACUCGUUAGCAUUAUGUUGAAUUAUGAAAAUUUCAAUGAAGCUAACUGACCUGUGCGUGUGUGUGUGUGUUACAUGGAGGUUCAUCCACUUGUUGAGGGUUUGCGUUCUGAAAAAUCUGAACUUUGUGGGGGUUUGUGAUAACCAACGUCAAACUAAGGCCGACAUAAAUAGACAGACACACACACACACACACACACACACUUGUGAUUAAAAUAAUAUAUAAUAAUGAUUAAAAUAAUGUUUUUUGGUUAUAGUUCAGUGACCCCCACAGAUCCCUUCAUGGGAGUUCAAAACCUCUUUAGAUAACUCCAGCCUGUGAUUCAUCGCCACACACACCACAGUCACUGUCAGCACGACAACAACAACCUUAAACGAGUCAAUGCUACGCCCAAAGCAAUAAUGUCAGUGUGUAGUUUAUGAGUUAACGCACUGUGUUCAGAUUCUGUUGUUGAAUAAAUGACACAAUGCUAUUUUGUCAAACAAUAGAACAUUCUGUAAGUCUGGAAGGUUCUGUUAGCCUAAUAUCAGGCUAAUGUUAGCUUCACGUUAGCCUAAUAUUAGGCUAAUUGUAGCCUAAUAUCAGCCUAAUGUUAGCCUCACGUUAGUCUAAUAUCAGCCUAAUGUUAGCCUCACGUUAGUCUAAUAUUAGCCUAAUGUUAACCUGUCAGCCAGCAAACUUGUCCACAUACAGGUACUGUUAGCGGCUGUACAGGUGAAGGUUUUAGUUCUCUGAAGUUAAUCGAACAAAUCAAAGUCCGUACGACGAAAACAACUCAAUUUUUUAUGCAGUAACCAUGGCAACGAUAAACUGGAGCGAGCUCGUAAUAUGUCAAUGUCGUGUCGUGGUCCGUGUUAAUCGCUCUGUGCUAUUUUGUACAAACAUGACGUAAAAAACCCGACUUCUCUUGUUGUACAUUUCCCACGAGAAAAAAGAACUUCCACGUCGUCAUUGUUUGCGUCUGUAGUUCAACAUGUCGACGGUUGUCAUGGUGAUAUCACAGUGGUUUGUGACGAUGCUGUCGUAGCACCAGCCAUUUGUGUGUUUUUUGUUUUCUGCUCUGUAUGUCCGUCCAUCAGGCCCCGCCCACGCCUUCCCCCAGGGACAGAAACCACGCACAUUAGCGUUCCGAAGUUUGUCCGAGUGUUCGCUCAGUCCCCGCCCAUUCUGUCUUCGCUUCCUUUAGUUGUUUGUAAAAAAAGAUGAGGAUGAUGUUGAGGAUUGGGAAUCUGGCCCCGCCCACCCCGCUGUGUGUAAUAAAAAUAAUAAUAAUAUUUAAAAAGGCAUGCAAAAGCGUUGUGGAGUUUGCAUGAUGGUGUGUUUUUGUAACUGCGACCUUUGACCCUCAUUGUCGUGCACUUUACGCUCAUCGGACUUUGAUGUGAUUUCAUUUCAGACCUCACGGUGGCGCUAGUGUCCUCUGUAACAGUGUUUUGUUCAACAUUUAAACGUGAAAGACGCCGAUUUACACCACGCCCACUGCUUUCCCCGCCCCCUCAACUUUGAUUAUUGUGAGUGUGAAGAGCUGGAGGCUAACGUAUCGUUAGCACUCCACUGGCCUUUCUUGUGUGUGUGUGUGCGUGUUUGACGAAUUCUACUUGAUUUGUUUUCUUUUUUUAAAGGAAAGAGAAUCAAGCCGAUGUAUUUAUUGACGCCACGAUCACUGUUAUUAUUAUUAUUAUUAUUAUAUUUAUUGAAAUUCAAACCAAAGCGUUUUUAGCUCCGCCCCUCAAGUGUUUGCCGCUAAUAUCAAAGAGCACAACACAAAUCGAGUUUACAGAGUUCAUGUUGAAAAUUAAAAAAUAUAUAAAAACAUUCAAUGCUAAUGUAACCAUAAAAUCUAUGAAAGCCCCCACAUCACCAGCCCCGCCCACCACCAGCCCGGACCACAUGUCCGUCUGUCACACCACAAACAAACAAUGUCUGGCUCUGCCCCCACUUUUCCUUUAGUCUGGAUGUCAGAAAAACGUGACGCAGAUUCAUGAAAUUACAACCCUGGAACCGUGGCUCCGCCCCCUCACACGUUCACACACAGGAGGAAUGCUCUCUGCAGCACUGACUGACACAUCUUAGCCCCUCCCACCCAUCAGCCCUGGGUUCAAAGCUCUGCCCCCUAAUUAGUUAAUGUGUUUGUGAUCAAAUUAUUAUUUUAAUCUUUUAUCUUUUCGUUGUUAAUGCUAAUGAUGAACACAGUGUGAUGCUAGUAAAUUAGCUGCAUUAGUUUAGCCACCUUUUUUACAUCACUACUGUGUGUGUGUGUGUGUGUGGGUGGAGUUGACCUGUCGUUAGCUGUUAGCAUGUGUGUUGUCUCACACACACACACACACACACACAGUCUUCCAUGUUUGUACGCAGCAGAUGCAGAAUUCGUCCGUUUGCGAUAUUUUUGUCCGUCGCCUGUCGGACGGUAAAACUUAACGAUGAUUUUUGUCUUCCUGAAAAAAAAAAAUUCUCACAAACCAAAACCCGCUUCACUGCGGUGGGCGGAGCUCGGUGCUUGUCACAAUGAAGCUCCGCCCACAUCUUUCUGCUCUCUCAUCGUAACGAGACAGUGUUUGGUUUGUAUCAGUGUUUUUCCCC